GAUAAUAACUUCUAUCUGUGCAGCCGAGCGGCUGCGGUGAGCUGAAUCGUCGCAGGCUCGAGUUUCGUUACGUUGGGCAAGCGCUCUUCACUUAGCGGAGACCCCGUCGCUGCACUUUAACUAAGCGACAAGAUGGGCCGUCACAAUGGCCGCGCCCGCAAGGCCGGAGAGCGCGUCGGCGCAACUCUGGCGGCGAAGAACAAGAAGACUGCCCCCAAGACGCAGGCGGAGAUUGGCGCCAACUUCAAGCACACCACGGACGCGGGUCUGGGCCGCAACAUGCAGUCGGUGCUGGACCGCAACGAUCUGGACGAGCUCAUGGCCAUGGCCGACCUGGCGGACCGCGAUUUCACGGCGGAGCGCGGGCAGUGCAUCGUCAUCAGCACCGGCGUGGUGGACCCGCUGGCGGAGGCGCGCCGCGAGGAGGAGCGCGCCGAGGCGGAGGCGCGCAACGCGCACCGCCUGGCGCUGCCGCGGCGGCCGGCCUGGACGCCCGACAUGAGCGCGGAGCAGCUGGACCUGCAGGAGCGCACGGCCUUUCUAAGCUGGCGCCGCGCGCUGGCGCACAUGGAGGAGGAGGAGAAGCUGGUGCUGACGCCCUUUGAGAAGAACCUGGAGGUGUGGCGGCAGCUGUGGCGUGUGCUGGAGCGCUCCGACAUCGUGGUGCAGGUGGUGGACGCACGAGACCCGCUGCUGUACCGCUCGGAGGACUUGGAGAACAUGGCUCGUGAGCUGCACGCCAGCAAGAGCUCGCUGCUGCUGCUGAACAAGGCGGACCUGCUGCCGCCGCACGUGCGCACCGCCUGGGCUGACUACUUUGACAAGGCGGGUGUGGAGUACGCCUUCUGGUCGGCCUACGCCGUCAUCCAGGAGCAGCAGGCGCUGCGCUCCGAGGCCGCCGCCCUGGGCGUGGAGCCGGCCGUGCUGAAAAAGCUGCAGCAGAUUCAGGCGGCGGAGGCGGCAGAGGUGGCGGCAGUCUACGCCGCGCGCCGCGAAGCGGCGUCCGGCGCCGGCCCGGGGCCCGGCAGCAGCGGCGCCGCCACGGAACCCAAAGCCGCCGCCAAGGAGGACCCCCGGAUCCGGAUCCUGGAUGUGGACGAGCUGUUGGAUCUGUUUGAGGCCAAGUGCUGCGCCGCCGUGGCGGCGGCUGGCGAGGACGACCCGCGCGCGGGCGACAAGGAGCGCAAGCACAUGGUGGGGCUGGUGGGCUACCCCAACGUGGGCAAGUCCUCCACCAUCAACGCGCUCUUCGGAGCCAAGAAGACCGCCGUGGCGCCCACGCCAGGCAAGACCAAGCAUUUCCAGACGCUGCACGUGAGCCCCGACUGCGUGCUGUGCGACUGCCCCGGUCUGGUGAUGCCCAAGUACGCCAAGAGCCGCGCGGACAUGGUGGCUGCGGGCGUGGUGCCCAUUGACCGCCUGACCGACAUCCGGCAGCCCGUGGACGUGGUGGCCAAGCGCUGCGGCCGCGAGCAGCUGGGGCGGGUGUACGGCAUCAAGCUGCCGCCGGCGCCGAAGCACCUGCCGCCAACCAGCCCGCCCACCGCGGAGCAGCUGCUCAGGGCGUACGCGGUGCUGCGCGGCUGGACGGCUGGCUCGGGCCUGCCUGACGAGACACGUGCGGGCCGCCAGAUCCUGCGCGACUACACCAACGGCAAGCUGGUCUACUGCUUGCUGCCGCCAGGGGUGCAGCCCAUAGGCUGGGUGCCGGGCGAGACGGAGGCGCCUUCGGCGGUGGCGCUGGCGGCUGCGGCGGCGGCGGACGCCAGCAGCGAGGCCGCGGAGCGGGCGGAGGCGGAGGCGGCAGCGGCAGGAGUGGCGGAAGGAUCAGGGUCAGGGUCAGGGGACGACGGGGGGGAGGAGGGGCAAGAGGACGACGACGGCGAGGAGCCAUCGACGUCAGGGGCGGCGGCGGGCACGGGAGAGAAGGUGGGGCGCGCCGCGCUGGCCGCGGCGGCGGUGAUGGCCGGUGAUGACUUGGACGCGGCGGAUUUGGAUCUGCUCGAGGGGCUAGCGGCACAGUCGGCAAAGGACAAGUCCAAGCGGCCAGAGUACAAGUUCAACAAGAAGGCGGCGCGGACAAAGGGCGACCGCGGGCAGCAGCGCGCCGAAUGGCAGGGCGGCUUCGACGGCGCCGGCAUGGUGCACGGCAAGAAGGGCGGCCUCGUGCGCGUGGGCGGAUACUGAGCUGCAGGGGCAGCUGCAGGCAAGCGGCACACGGCAAUAGCAGGCUGUAAGGCUGGCAACUAGGGGUACGGUGCACGCCGCGGGUUGCGGGAGACGGGAUUGUUGGAGUUGGUGGCCAUGACGCGGACUAUCUAUGUCCGGGGCAAACACGUUGGGUUGACUUUGCAUGGAGCUUAGCUGCUGAAAUGCUGCUGAAACAAAUGAAGACGUGUAUGAUUUAAUUGGCUUUCAGUGUAAAUGUGCACACAGGGCUGAUAGCACUGCAGCACGCCUUGCCUGCGCAAGUAUAGAACAGUAGACACAUCGGGGUGUUCCGCUGGCAAAGGAACCUUGAAGACAACCUUGAACAACUGGUGCAAAGUGCAGGGGGGGGUAGAGUCUUCCGAAACAGACCCCAUGCCUCAAAUGGAUAGAGCUCAUCGAUAGAGAUCAUUUACAUAGCGAUAGAGCUCACCGAGAGCAGUCAAUUGGCACCAACCUGACAAAAAACUAAGGGGUUCUGAGGGGGUUUUGGGGGGUCGUACGGUAGGGGGGGUCGGUCGGUCGGUCGGUCGGGCCCGGGAGUGGCAUGGGGUCAAAAAAGUUUGUUCCUACCCCCCCCCUGCAAAGUGUCAAGAUACAACGAAGGCGCUUUGGCCACCAGACCAAAGUGGCUUGUUGCAGUUAGUGCGGUCUGUGACGCUGCUGCGGCUAGAGGCCUCUUGAGGCAGAGGGUCAUCCGGGGGCACUGUAACGGAACGGCUCC